GUGAAGUGGACAGAGAAAAGAAAGAGCAGUCUGAGACAAUGCACACCGUGGACAGGGUCCUCAUGCACUCCAAAUACAUCUCCCAGACUUACGACAACGACAUCGCCCUGAUAAAGCUGAAGGAGCCCAUCAGGUUUUCUGAGUACAUCAUUGCAGCCUGCCUCCCUGAGGCUGACUUUGCCAAUGAGGUCCUGAUGAACCAGAGGUCUGGGAUGGUGAGUGGCUUUGGGCGGGAAUUCGACGGCGGCCGACUCUCCAAAAAGCUGAAAGUCCUUGAGGUCCCCUACGUUGAUAGGAACACCUGCAAGCAGUCCACUAACUUUGCAAUCACAGAGAACAUGUUCUGUGCUGGCUAUGAAACAGAGGAAAAAGAUGCUUGUCAAGGAGACAGUGGAGGUCCCCAUGUAACCAGAUAUAAAGAUACCUACUUUGUUACUGGGAUUGUUAGCUGGGGAGAAGGAUGUGCAAGGAAAGGCAAGUAUGGUGUCUAUACCAAGCUGUCCAGGUUCUUACGCUGGGUGAGAAUGGUCAUGAGACAAAAUUCAUAG